UUUUUUUUUUUUUUUUUUUUUUUUUUUUCUCUCCACCACCUGAGCAGAGAUCAUUUUCCCGGAAAAAGCAGGAAUCAAUCUCUCAUUUCGCUCACCACUAUCUUCGUGAUGCUGCUUCAGAUUCUUUCUUUCAGGUAUUGCGUUUGAGAGGAGGAGGUAGGUAGGGUAGGAUGCAAGUAGCAGAUCUUGGAGGAUAAUGAAGACCAACAACAUGCAAGUCAAAGGGAGAGGAGGAGGAAUCAUGAAGGCUAAUCCACAACAGGUGAUUUUUGAGCUGAAGAAGAAGGUUGUGACUGCGUUAAACAAGCUGGCGGAUAGAGAUACACAUCAGAGAGGAGUUGAUGAGCUUGAGAGAACGGUUGAGCAUUUGGCACCGGAUAAGAUUUCUUGUUUUCUCUCUUGUAUACUUGACACGGACUCUGAGCAGAAGAGUGCUGUUCGGAAAGAGUGCAUCAGGUUGAUGGCUACUUUAGCUAGGUUUCAUGAGGCGCUUGUUGGACCAUAUCUUGCUAAGAUGGUCUCCAGUAUCGUUAAGCGGCUCAAGGAUCCAGAUUCUGUUGUCAGAGAUGCAUGUAUUGAAACAAUGGGUGUUUUGGCUUCCAAGAUGAGUUGCUAUGAAGACCACAACUAUGGGGUCUUUGUUUCCUUGGUGAAACCGCUUUUCGAAGCCAUUGGUGAUCAGAAUAAGUGUGUGCAGUCAGGUGCGGCGUUAUGCCUGGCAAGGGUUAUUGAUAGUAGUCCUGAAGCUCCAGUUGCAAUUAUACAACGCAUGUUAACUCGGACAGUAAAGCUUCUCAAUAACUCGCAUUUUAUCGCAAAACCAGCAGUUAUUGAGCUUAACAGAAGUAUCAUCCUGGCUGGUGGGGCAACGGCAAAGAGUGUGUUGUCCUCGGCAAUGACUAGCUUUCAAGAUGCCCUUAAAAAUAAGGACUGGACAACUCGUAAGGCAGCUUCUGUAGCACUUAUGGAAAUAGCUGCUACUGGUGAAAAGUUUCUUGGACCUCUCAAGGCUUCCUGCAUCUGCUCUCUUGAAUCAUGUCGCUUUGAUAAAGUGAAACCAGUGAGGGACUCAGUUAUCCUUGCCUUACAAUAUUGGAAAGGUGUCCCUGGGUCUGAUAGUCCAGAGCCAUCUGAAACUGGAUCCUCUGUAAAAGAAAGCUAUAAUGGAACUCGAGAGAGUAGUGAACUUUUCAGUACCACUGACUCGAAAUUGAAGGAUGCUACGUCUAACAAAUAUGUAACGGAUUUAGCAAGGAAAGAGGUUCCGGUUACUGCCAGGAAAGUACCUGCACGUUACAAUGACGGCCCUCGAAAGACUAAACAAGAUAAUUGGCAUAUUGAUAUUACAGUCCCAGAAUCUUCUAUUGUUUCCAAGGUUGAUAUUCACAAUGAAGAAUCAGAGGGCAGUUGCAUCACCAAGACGUUUGCAGAAGUAAGAAACACGCCAGAAGUGACAUAUGAGUACAUUCCAAUGGAGGUUAAGGCAGAUUGCUAUAUAACAGACGCCAUCAAUGAAAAUGAUGAUAUUAAGUCCAUUACAGUUUCAUCAAGCAGUUUCCGGGCAAGUGGUAUGGUAAAUCCAGCAAUCACAAGUAAGCAUUUUGCAGCUGAAGAGACUUAUUCUGAGGACCGGCCAAUCUCAACCAAGAUGAAAGAUCGUACAAGCCUUGACUCUACUGUAACAGUGUCAAGCUCUCAAAUCAAUCAUGACUGCUAUGCUCAGAUUGCAAAUGAAAUGGCUUCUGUACGUAAACAACUCUCAGAUAUUGACAAUAAACAGUCACGUUUAAUAGAUCAGCUACAGGCCUUUUCAACAGGAAUAAUGAACAACUUUUCGGUUCUUCAAUCCAAGGUGUCAAGCUUAGAAUAUGCGGUGGAGGUGAUAGCUCAGAACGUCGUCCUGCAUACAGAUAUAUCAAACUCCAAUUUUGUGAAGCACAACCAAUGUAGUACCCAGUCACCGAGGCUCGCUAGUUGCACUUCAAGAACUUCUAUGGAUAUCCGCAAUCGGCAAUCUACAUUAUCAUCUUCCAAGUACUCGAUGACAAGGGAGAACAAAACACAUGGAAGAAGCAGACUAAAUGAAUCACAGGGCAUGGAGAAGACGCGGAGUAAUCCUUUAGGUAAGACUGGUCAACAACAUUCUAGAGAGGACAUUUGGAACAACAUUGGACAGGGGAGACAAACAUUGAUCCAGACCAGGACAUCUUCUGAU